AACACAAGGCCACGCCAUAUUGAAUUGAAUCGGAAUCAGUCGUCUGUUAAUUUCGGUAGGAAGUGUUACCUCCCGGUCAAUUUUUUUUAAUUUUUCACAUUAUUUGUUAAAACAUUUAUCUGACUAGGAUUGAAUUACAUGCAGACGAUAAUUAUGUUCGUGAGAACUUAUAACCCAGCGUACAGAGUGAUACUAGUUUGUGCAUAUUGAGUGCAAAAAUGUGUGUGUAUGUACAAGAAGUUAAUCGAUUUGUCAACGAGAGGUUUAGAUUACAAUUUUUGGUGUACUAAUUGACCGUAGGUAACGGUUUUUAAUCAAGAUUUAAUUAGCAACUCUGGUUAUGGAGAAAAUGGAUGUUGAUGAUGCUGUCGUAGAUUUAAGUAUAAGCAGUCGAUCAUCAUCAUAUACGAAUCAUGGUAACACCAUAGCUAAUAAUAGUGGUCGUAAUAACCAACAGCAACAACAGUCUAAUAGCAAUAGUGUGAGUAGUUCGAGACGCGUUUUGCGACCGCGUACGGAGCCUCGUAGCUAUGUGGAAAGCCCCGAUGUCUUAAUCAACGGCAGUUUGGAUAGACCACACACGAACGGUUUGGCUGAUUACAGCAGUGAUUCAAGCGAAGGUGAAAUGCCACCCCUGUCACCUAUCAAGGAGUACACGCCCGCGGAAUUAAGGCAGAGGGAGAGGACUUUGAGGAAACUCCGUGAGGAUCUACGAGCUGAAGAAAUGAAAUUAGUCCUGUUGAAGAAGUUGAAGCAAUCGCAGCAAUUGAAGGAGAACGUGGCGGUUUUGCCUCCAUCGAUACCACCGUCCGCACUACCCGCUUCCGGACUGCCGAGCGGCCUUAGCAUCACGCCAACCACCAUUAAGGUACCGCCGACUACAAAACAACCCCCCCAACCGCCUAGCGCACACUCAAGACAUGUCAAUUCGCACAAACCCGCCCCCGGGAAUGUCCCAUCGUUAUUACGAGGGCAACCUCCACCAGGUUCGAGAGGGAGCGUUCAUGGUCCUCCCCUUUCCGGUGGCGGUUCUCCUCUUAGCAGUAGAGCUACGAAUCUUUCGGUACCGCAGCCUCCUCAGAGGGCUUCGUCAGUUUGUCGGCCACCCGCGGUUUUUCCCGCUGGCAUCAAAGAUCUUUCACCUUCAGUCACUAUAACUCCGGCACCUCCUCAAAUACCCAAGGAACGUUCACGACCAGAAGAUACGCAAACUCCCGCUCAAAGACAAGCAGCAGCGAAAUUAGCUCUGCGAAAACAGUUAGAGAAGACAUUGCUUCAGAUCCCACCUCCGAAGCCGCCCCCGCCCGAGAUGCACUUCAUACCCAACCCAAGCAACACUGAAUUCAUUUACUUGGUUGGUCUUGAGUAUGUAGUUGAUUUCCUGACGAAAGACCAAAAAACUCCCCCGCCCCCUGUGCCCUUCCAGUGUUAUCAGUGUAACACUGACUUUACACCCGUAUGGAAAUGGGAAACCAAAGGAAAAGGCAGAAGUAAAGAAACCCAUGUGGUAUGUGAACAGUGUGUUACGACCAACGUGAAGAAAGCGCUAAAGGCAGAACAUACCAAUCGGCUAAAAACGGCCUUUGUUAAAGCUCUACAACAGGAACAGGAAAUCGAACAGCGAUUGGCUCAAAAUGGUGUAUUCAGUUCAAGUAGUCCGGCACCGUCACCAGUCACGCCAGAAAGUACUCCAAAGGCAGUAACGCCCCAACCAACUCCUCGACACGCGGCAACGCCGCCGGCUCCACCGGCCACCCAACCAACUCCUCCCCCACCACCGCCCAGUCGGUCGUCGCACACAGGCGCAGUUUCAACUGCAGCCGCUUCUUCGCAUGACAAAAUUGCUCAAAAUGCCGCUGCCGUUCAGGCAUUGCAUCAGCAGCUUCUGCGAACUUUCCAGGCCGGUGUUCCACCGCACAUGUUACAAUUUUCGCCGUUCCUCUAUCCGUACCAGUUGGCCAUGGCACAAGCGGCGUCUUCAGGCAAAGGGGCCGGAGGUACGAACCUGGCCGAGUUUCAGAGAGCGGCUGAUCUGCAGCGACAGUACCUGCUGGACAUGAUACCGCCACAAGCAGGACAACGUCACAAUUGGAAGACGUGAUAUGCCGCUGCGCCUGGACGCACUUAGUUAACAUACACCAACGUAACAAUUACAACAACAACAACAAACACAUAUUAGAUGAGCAGCAAUAGCAACAAUUUAUGUUUAGAGAAACAAAUACAAAAAACAACAAACAAGCAAAAACCAAAAGGACGUUUAACCACUUGACGCUACUACUUAUUGUGUUCACUGUGUAGGCGUGUCACGUGAGCGAUUAACGUGGACGGGACUUCUCAGGAUCUCCCACUUUUCGACCGUCGGCCCCUCCUUUCUAUUCCCCUUACUAUUUACAUACGAAAUCAUUAGACGAAUUCGACGGAGUAGCCCGGGAAGUAUCGCACAGGCACAAAAGUAUCAGAGAAGUCUCGGUUGAAAUGAUGAAUGCAUUCGUACGUCGCUCACAGGUUAGUGUUAAUAUUAUUAUUGCGUAAUACCGUUAUUACGGUGACAGCACUUCUUGCUAGUGAAUGAAAUUGUUUAGUGGUUUCGAGCCGAAUCGAAUGGAUAUUUCACAUAUUUAUUACUUAUUUGGGGAUUAAAAAUAAUUCAAGGCAAGUUCGGUCUGAAAAUGGUUAUGAACCGGUCACAUACUGAUACUUUCAUUUAUUAGUUGAAAAUAUGCACAAUUGGAGUACAUAUUAGUUUUUAUUUUGUUAUAAAUUGUUGACUUAUUUACAUUAAAAAAAAUUAAUGAUGUGUGGAGGCAGACAAGGUUAAAAAAAUUAUACAUUGGGAUAAACUGAUCUUUUGAUUUUGAAAUGAAUAUAUUUUUAGUUUUCAUAUUGGACGGUCUUUUACAAUAAAAGUUAUAAUAUAUAUUAACUAUACAAAAGUAACUUUAUACGUAUUAGAUUUUUUAAAGAAAAAGCAAUCUUUUUAAAUCAGUGUUUGGUCCUAUGCGUAGUGAAGACAAUUUGUUCUAAAUACUGAAACGGCGCAGUUUCAAAACUGUUGAAUGGUGAAAAUUUUCUCGUUUGAAGCGAAAAAUAAGCAAAUGUAAUGUAAACAUGAAGUUUAAACUUGUAUAAAAUAUCUCUGGGCUACUCCCUCAUCAUUGUAUAGUGUGUACGGUUUGUAAUAGCCGAAUCCUAAGAAAAUUAUUAAUUUAUUGAAAAACCCUUUGGUUAGGAAAAGUGUUGUGUAAGUUUAGUUCGAUUUUGCCAUAAUCAUCAUCAUCUCAUCGUUACGAUAUUGUCGUCGGUAAAAUGAUACCAUUAAAUAAUUAAUUAAAUUAAAUUAAUUGCAGUUGUGAAUUUGUACAAAAAGUCGAAAAUAGGCGCGCAUCCGUCACAUGUUCCUGACGGAACGACAAACGAAAAGUGUUAGCACAUAUUUAUAUCGAAUUUCUCCAUUCCAGCGUGUUACUUAAGCUUUGAUGCUUAAACAAAAUAUUUAAAACUGUACUCUUCCACUAAGCGAAGCUUAAAUAAAUUUCUCUAAAUAUG